AUGAUCGAAGAUCAAUCUACGACUCGGAGUCGAUCCGCGACUCGAGAUCGAUCCGCGACUCGAGGUCGGUCUACUGCUCGAGGUCGAUUCGCGACUCGAGGUCGGUCUGCGACCCGAGAUCGAUCCGCGACUCGAGGUCGGUCUGCUGCUCGAGGUCGAUCCGCGACUCGAGGUCGGUCUGCGACUCGAGGUCGAUCCGCGACUCGAGAUCGAUCCGCGACUCGAGGUCGGUCUGCUGCUCGAGGUCGAUCCGCGACUCGAGAUCGAUCCGCGACUCGAGGUUGGUCCGCGACUCGAGGGCGGUCUGCUGCUCGAGGUCGAUCCGCGACUCGAGAUCGAUCCGCGACUCGAGGUUGGUCCACGACUCGAGGGCGGUCUGCGGCCUGA